AUGUCCGUACCCAUCGGUAGCCCGGCACAACUGAAAGCAAGCCAUUCCAAAGUAGGGAACGAUGAUUCUGAUGGUGAUGGUACGGGGCGCCGGAAGCCCCGAACAAAUGCGGCUACUGGUGCUUCGGCCGCUGGAAUGCGCGCCAUAAGUGCUCAAGCUGUAGCGUUUUACUUUAGAACUCCGGUGAAGGCAUUCUUUCGCACCAGGGUUGACUAUAUGGCUCUAGCCAAAGCAAUCGGACCACAAACUACAACAGGAGGAUGGUCAUGGAAGACAACUACCCCGGGACUUCUUGCAAAUGCUGUCCAGACGCAUGGUUGGGUCUUUAUACCGUACCAGGUCCUUCCGCCGCUGAUAGCAAACGUUGGGGUCGGGGCCAUACUGUAUACUUCCUAUCUACAGAUACUUGGAGCUAUGCACGAACCAACACUGAUGGGCGGUAAGCGGGUUUAUCCACCUCCAUCGCCGCCUGUCACCUUCUUUGCGGGCUUCGCUGCAGGUGCCAUUCAAUCCGUUGUCGCAGCACCCCUGGACGCCAUACAAGCCCGGUCAAGGACCAGCGAUAUGAUAAACGGCCAGUACCGUAGCGCGUGGCAUUAUGGCUGGGACAAACUCAAAACUCUCGGUGCUCGUGGGGUAUUUUCUGGCUGGACACUGUCCUUCCUGAAAGACAGCCUUGGAUCGGCAGUGUUUUUCAGCUUGUUCGAAACUGUCAAGGCACAAGGAUAUUACCACUUUAUUACCCGAUACUAUGGCUCUCUCCAGGCGCCCUCCAUCCAAAAACUCUCCUCACCUACUCAGCCCGGUGGAAUUCCUGUGAUCAAGCCGCAUUAUGCUCUGGAGCCCGCAUUUCUCAUGCUGGCUGGAAUAACGGCUACCAUCUUCCAGCAAGCCGUUCUACAUCCGCUAAGCCUGGUGCAAAAUAUCUAUUACCGGAAUCUAGACCACCUUGAUAAACGGGUCCGUCAUUCUCGCUCGGGUAGAGAGAUGAUGGAGCAUCGUGCCAACGCAUAUAUGGAGACGUUCAAGAAAUGUCAACGCCAGGUGCGGCGAAUAGGUGGCCUGAUCAUCUUCGAACUUGUUCGGCGCAAGUAUGGCGUGCCCACUGAUGCUGUGCACAUUCAACUUGACGGAUACGAUAUUAUUCUUACUUAA